GAGUGCCCAAACGAGCGCACCCUGUUUUCACACCGUCACCGACUGACUUUCGGUGAAGGAGAUAAACAAAGAGCCGGUGACUUUUCAGGGAAACAGACAACGCUUCCCAAGCUCCACGGAAACAUGGAAACUGGUCUGAGUCCGGAGAAAGUCGCCUCCUUCCUGAAGCGGCUGCGGGCCGAGCCGCGCUACCUGUUGGCCCAGAAUGUGUCGACCUGCGUCGACCCGCUGGAGGUCUGUCUGGAACGGCAGACCGUCCAGGAUACUGUGCACAUCUUCCAGCACACUAUAUCCACAGAGGGCAAGCCCAUCACCAACCAGAAAAGCUCAGGGAGAUGUUGGAUCUUCUCGUGCCUCAACGUCAUGCGACUUCCCUUCAUGAAGAAGUUCAACCUAGAGGAGUUUGAGUUUAGUCAGUCGUAUCUCUUUUUCUGGGACAAGAUUGAGCGUUGCUACUACUUCCUGCAGGCCUGUGUGGAGACAGCGCAGAGGAAGGAGCCCGUCGACGGACGUCUGGUCCAGUUCCUGCUCUCCAAUCCAACCAAUGACGGAGGACAGUGGGACAUGCUGGUCAACCUCAUUGGUUUGUAUGACUUUUAUUAAAGGUUAACCCUUAUU